AGUUGCAAAUUCACCAUUAGCUCGUUCAAAGGAAAAUAAUUGAUGCUAAGGUAAUAUGGUAAUGCUGCAGGUAAACAGACCCGGGCAGACAGCCACGUGACAAGGGCUAUAGACGUUAUUCGCAGUGUAGCUAGAUUAAUUUCAUUCACCAGUAAGAUCCCUUCACUAUGGGAGACUACAGCAUUUACACCGGUGUUAAGAAGACUUUCAGUAUUGUUGACUAUGGUUGUUUUGGGGCAACUCUGGCAGUAUCUAUAGCCAUUGGUAUAUAUUAUGCCAUCAAGGAUAACCAGAGCACAAGCACUAAAAACUAUUUACUCGGGGGGCGUCAAAUGAGUAUCGUCCCCGUGUCGUUGUCGAUCCUUGUGACGUCGUUCUCAGCAACUACGUUGCUAGGGAUGCCCGCUGAAGUAUACAGCUACAACACAAUGAUUUGGUGGAUGUGUCUAUCAGCAUCCAUUGGCCUUGUGAUCGCCGCCACCGUCUUCGUCCCGUUUUUCUAUAAUCUAAACGUCACCAGCAUCUAUGAGUAUCUGGGCAUGCGAUUCGGCCGAUGCCUUCGAGUCUUGGCGUCUAUUCUGUUCCUCAUCAAAGCGUUGACCUACAUGGCAUUCGUCUUGUACGUUCCAUCACUGGCCUUAAACGCAGCAACAGAUUUCAGUUUAUGGGGAUCCGUGAUAUCAGUGGGAAUAGUCGUGACAUUUUACACAGCAAUUGGCGGCAUGAAAGCUGUACUGUGGACUGACACCUUCCAGGCACUUGUCAUAAUGGGAGGCUUGACUGCUGCUCUUGUUCAAGGGUUGAGAGUCGUUGGGGGUCUUGAAGCUGCAUGGAUGGUCGCCGAGGAGCGCUCACGCAUCUAUUUCACAGAUUUCCACCCCGAUCCAUCCACCCGACACUCUUUCUGGGGCUUGGUAUUAGGUGGUAGCAUCUUAUGGCUGAACUUGUCAACGGGCCAGGCUCAGAUCCAAAGAGCGUCAUCAUGCUCUAGUGUUACAAGAGCUAAACUGGCAAUGCUGAUGAGUGCUCCUUUCUUGGCCGCCAUCAUGUCAGUAUGCUGUCUUCUUGGUGUCACCAUGUUUGCAUUUUACAAGGACUGUCAUCCAUUGAAGUUCAACAGUCUCAUUUCACGAAGUGAUCAGAUUCUUCCUUUGUAUAUAAUGGACAUCCUUGGACAUCUUCCUGGCCUUCCUGGAAUCUUCAUCUCGUGUUUAUUUAGCGGCAGUCUGAGCACCCUGUCUUCUGCACUGACGGCCAUUGGCGCUGUGGUACCUCGAGAUCUCAUUCAACCAUUUUGUUGUAAAAACAUUAGCGACAAAAUGUUGACUGUGUUAUCGAAAGUCAUUGUGGUGCUCUCUGGCAUUGCAACAAUUGCUUUUGCAUUUUUGGUGUCACAAUUAGGAGGAAUAUUACAGGCUACAUACACCGUUGCGAGUAUCACCAGUGGACCCCUGUUUGGUCUCUUUAUACUUGGGAUGUUCUUUCCAAGGGCAAAUAAAUGGGGUGCAUUGGUGGGAUCUCUUACGUCGCUGGGAGUGAUGUGUUGGAUAGGCAUGGGGGCUUUUUUGACACGAGCCUCAUAUGUACCUCCUUCGCCUUUCAUCACCAGCGGAUGCAACUGGAACGUCACCCAGUCAACAAUAUUUGACACUUCUCCAGCAACGAUUGACUCAACUUCACAACUCCCAAUGAACGCAACACGUGAUGUCAUGAACGAUACAAGCACUGAAAGUGCUGUGAUAUCAAUCUUCAAAAUGUCCUACAUGUGGUAUCUUCCCACAGCCCUCUUGAUAGAAAUUGUUGUUGGUCUCCUUGUCAGCGUUCUUACAGGAUGUACAAAGCCAGAAGAUUUAAAACCAGAACUGAUUUGUCCAAUAUUUGACCGGUUGUGUCCAUUUCUACCAGAGUCAUGGAGACAACGUUUACGUUUUCACAAGAAUACAGAGAGGUCCAAGAAAUCCAAGGCUUCCACAGAAAUGAACCGUCACCACAUGGACGACUCUUUGACUUCCUUUCUUCAUGACACGGUUGCCUUUCCGUCCAACGACCAUAUACCUCACACUUUGUGAUUCAGAUGACUCGGGGGAGCCCUGCGAUCCACUGCUUUUACUUAAACUCCCACACUGUACAGAAACUUUGUCUUCCUGAUAAUUUUUCAUGACCAGGAAGCCAAAAUGUUGAAAGUAUGCCUUGGAUUUGCUCCUGCUGUUGACAACAGAAUCAGUGAUCUUAGACAUCAUUUUGAAUCUAUGCCAGUCAUUGCUACUGUAAAGUGAAAACAAGCAGCGCUGAUACUUUGGUAACGUAAAGCCCCGUUGAAAUAGUGUGGUAAUUAAUGUGCAGACUGUGGUAAUGAAUGUGCAGAAUGACAAUAAAACAACGCCUGUAUAUUGCUUUAACACAUGUGAUAAAUAUGUACGUAGCGGGGAAUAUUGGAGUAUUUAAUUUAAAGAGAGCAGUCAGUCAAUCAAUCAGUACUAUAUUCAGUAUGAAGGCCAUAGGCCCAUAUCCCAAUAACAGUUUACAAGUAUGGUAGAGGCAACAUAUAUAAUUAUAAACAUUGUUUAAUAAAUACUUCUUCUUUCAUACGCAUGAUCAAUAA